AUGUUAAUGUCGCCAAUAACACCAAAUGAGGGCGAAAGUAUUCGCACAUUUCGACCACGCGGUCGAGGCAAAAGGCAGCCAAAUUCAAACGGACCUUCCCAUACAUUAAAGAUGACAACCGUUGGAGGUGAAGGAAUGGAGAUGGUAGGCAAAAAGAUUUGGACUGGUAAUAAUAGUUCAGAGGCACUUUUGCGGCAAUUUUCAAUUUCCGAGCGGAUGGAUACGACAGAUAUGACGGCUGAUACACGUCCAUUUCAAUCAGUAUCGUCUCCAAAGAAUUUAUCUUCGUUGCAGUCGUGUAUUCUUGAUUCUACACCUCCUUCAGCUUCCGAUGAUUCUUUUUCGGCUCCUGAAGGUACAGUGAAAUGCUGUGAUUCGGUGCGCAAUUCAGCAAUAUCUGAUGAUUGCCAUUCGCAAACAUCAUUCAGUGAUUUAACUGACUCUGAUUUGUUAGAGGUUGAAAACUCGAGCAUUCAGCCGGUGGAGUUGAAACAUAUCACGAGCCGUGUUCGGUGUGCAGGCGACCGUAAUAUAUUUCACAAUCGUAGACCUGCGCCGUGUAUUAUGGCGCCGAAGUUACCACCAGCUCAUCAGCGGGAAACAGUUAUUAUAAAAACAAACGUCUAUCCAUUGGAAGUUGUAAAUCGAAUUGUGUAUCGUUACGAUGUGAGGAUGUAUGCAAGCCGAGCGGAUACGUCAAAGGAAAGGACCAGAGAUUUGUGCAAAGGCGACAGAGAUGAUUCUGGAGUGACUGUACGUCAUCAGAAGUGUAUGCUGUUAAUGAGACGUGCUUUGGAAUUAUAUCGUGUUCUAAAUGAGAGUGGUGCUUACUUGUAUGAUUUGUCAAACACUUUGUUCACCAAUGAGCCGCUUAAUAAAGAACUGCUACCUCGCUUAAAGAUAUCGAUGGAGCAGUUAACGCCAGAAUUACGUGAUCUAAUUGGUGCAUGCGACGUGUUUAUUGAGAUAACACCGUGUGCAGAAAGUGCUCAUACAUUCAAUGUUAACGAUUAUCGUGAUUCAGUCACGAAUGAUUUGGCUCGUCAAGAUCACUCAUUCAGACAGUUUUUUGAAAUUCUCACAAAUAACAGUGCUUUACAAAAGGGAACGCACUAUGCAUUUGGUUGCGGUAAACUAUUUUUGGUGGAUGGCAAAAAGUAUAAACUUGAGAAACGAUCGCUAAGUGAAAGUAGAACUUUGGCCACUGGUGUUGAUAAGGGAGUUCGCAUUAUCGAACGAUCGAAUGGCAGUAUCAUCCCAGCACUUGUUAUUGACUUAAAAAAAGCUGCAUUCUUUGAUGCAGUUCCAUUGGCAGAUAUGGUACACAAAGUACUGAUGAAAAAUGAUUCUUGUUCCUUUAUUCCUACCUUGGAUACAAAUCUUUUCAAUCAAUUUGUACACAAAUUAAAUGAUAUAAUUCGAGAUCUUCGAUUGGAACAUUCGAACUGUACCAGCAAAUCAUUUCUAGCAUCUGGUUUAUCAGACAAACCUAUCGGACAAAUUAGGCAUGCUCGUUCUUUUUAUCCUUUUCAAGCAUCGAUUAUUGUUGUACGCUCCAUACUUUCUGUCGGCAAAAAUGCGCCAUCAAUUCCAAUGUUGCAGUAUUACAAUCAGCAGGGUUAUCAUAUCCGGGCAGAUUGGCCGGCCGUCCGUUUAAUUACGAAUUUUGGCACUUCAUAUUUUCCGAUUGAACUAUUGCGAAUUGCACCCUGUCAAAGAGUGCCAAUAAGCAAGCAGACACCGUCGCAAAUGAAGACUACAAUCAAAGAAUGUGCUAUGCUCCCACAUACACGUUUUCGCGAUAUCGCCCGAAAUUUACAGGCACUUGAUUUAGAUGAGACAACACAUUACAAUCCAUUUAUGGCCGCUUUUGGAGUACGACUUAGUUCAGCUCCAAUCACUGUUAAAGGUCAUCGUCGUCUUGCACCGAAGGUGCAAUAUUCUGAUGCACGAGGUGGAUCAGGUAUCAUAGACAUCGAUGCAAAAAAUGCGAACUGGCGAAUGAUUGGAAAGAAGUACUUGGUUGGGGCGCAUCUUCGCUGCUGGUUCAUAUUUUAUGAUGACGCGAGAGAUGGAGACAUGGUUGCAGCAUUUGCAAAGACGCUGGUUCGCGAAUGUUGCAAGAAAGGCAUACAGGUCGUAGAUCCUGUUAUUAAAAAUGUGCAAUUUAAACAACUGGAGGCUUGCUUUAUACAAAUUCGUAAAACUUAUCCAAAUGAACGAGCAUUUAUGAUGUAUAUUGAUUCCCGUGAUGAUACUCAUGAUGAUUUAAAAUUAUAUGAAGCUCUUUAUCACAUAAUCACACAACAUAUACGUGGAUCGAGGGCUCGUGAAACAUCGAAGAAAAUCGCGACUUUAGAAAAUAUCGUUAACAAAUUAAACUGCAAGAAUUUCGGACAGUGUUAUGCCGUUGUACCAGAAUCAUUUGCAAUUAACAAAUGGAUUUCGACCGGAAGAACUCUUAUAAUUGGUUACGACGUAUGUCAUCCGGAACCUCAGUCAAAACAUGAAAGAAGAAUGCGGAUGCCGCCUACUCAACCAAGUGUUCUUGGUAUUAGUUUUAAUGGGGCACGUUGUCCAGAAACAUUUAUUGGUGAUUAUUCAUUUCAAGAGCCGCGUAAAGAACAAGUAACAAGUUCUAUUUUGGAGGAACGGAUUUAUUGGAUUUUAAGCCUUUUUUGUGGCAAUCGUAAUGGUAUGCUUCCUGAUACUGUGAUUAUCACGCGUGAUGGAGUAUCUGAGGGGCAGUUCAAAAUGGUAAUGGAAGAUGAAAUUGAAGCGAUUCGUCAAGGAAUGCGUAAUUUUGGAAAAGCGGAAGCUGGGACCGAAAAUUACUCACCAAAUGUAGUAUGCAUUAUUGCUUGCAAAAGACACAACAAACGCUUUGCAGUUGAGAAUGGUCGUUCGUUGGAAAACUGUUUACCGUUAACAGUAAUUGACAGGGAUGUUACACGUCCAGAUACCACGGAAUUUUUCAUGCAGUCACAUAAAAUCAUAAAGGGUACUGGAAAGUUGCCUGCAUAUUCAAUGCCCAUUAAUGAAGCAAAUUUAACCAUGGACGAAGCACAAUCACUGAUGAUGGCUUUAUGUUUUACUCAUCAAAUUGUUAAUCAAGCAAUUUCAAUUCCAGAACCAAUCUAUCAAGCAGAUGAGUGGGCUAAAAGAGGGCGUAACAACUUUAGGGCUAUGCUGCGACGUGUUGGUGGUAAGGAGCGCUUACCAAUACUAAAUGGUGGAAGCAUUGACUGGAAUCGUGUCACACGACGCCUUUGUUAUAUGGAUACCGGACUCGAACUGACACGAGUAAAUGCGUAA